CACAACUUUCCCUUUGCUAUAAGGCAGCCAGGGAGCAGUGUGUGAGUGUGUGUGUGAGCGAGAGGGAGCGUGUGUGAGUUUAGGGGUGUAGGGACGGGAGUCUGGAACCCAAUCUGAGAAAAAGGAGCACUUUAGGGUUUUUGCCCCCCCACAAAUUUUAAGUAAAACAUUUCUGCAAGAUUUAGGCUCUACUGUCACUUUAAGCUUUUCCUUUAUCAGGAGCUUCUUUUUGUUGUGUUUAAGGAAAUAUCUGAUUUUCUUGUAUCUGCUUAAAAUACCCCAAAUUCACUGUCCUUAUCCUGUAAGUCGCCAGCGUUGCUCCAGUUUGAGUUUCCUACAUCUGUGUGUAAGUGUGUAAGUGUGUAAGUGUGUGCGUGUGGAUGUGCAAAUGCCUGUUUAACCCCUCACUUGCCUGUUGGAUUAAUACAAUGCUGAAGGUUCUGACCAAGAAGCUGAAGAACCAGAGUCUGAGCGAGAUCCAACCCUACCAGCGAAAGAUCCCAUACCCCCCCAGUGAUGAGGACGACAGCGACGAUUCUGAAGGUGAAAAUCAGGAACUUGCUCAGAUUGACAAAGAGAGAAGACGCAAUUGUAUCCUGACUCCAUUGGCCACGAACCAGCUGCAGAACCAGGAGAACCAGUGCUGUAAAGUGCGGGCGCUAUUCCCGGGACUGGACCACCAUAGCUCUGAGGAAGAGCUGGAACGGAUCAGCAGGGAGUUUGCCGCAGAGAAACGCAAGUGGUCCCAGGUCAGCAGACUAAGUUGCCUUAGUGAUAACACGUCGUCCAGUGAUGAGGAGGUGAAGCACCUGUCUGGGAUGUCCUUUAGGCCUGUGGAUCAGGUUGACACCCUGCGGGGCACCUCCAGUCCGGUCCUGUUCAAUGAAUCUCCUCCUAAAAGACUGCAGCCGCUUGCCCGAAUCCCGGCGUCUCGCCCCCUAAUAUUCACUAGCGUGGGCUCUGGGUUCGACCAGGGGAUGCCCUGCAAAAGGCACAGACAGGGCUACGGAGACAAGAUGAGCCGACCCAGUCUGGACUUGGAAAAGAUGCAACAGAAAAUGCUGUUGAAGAGGAACUGCUACUCCAAGAGCAGAGUUAUAAAGAUACGGAGUAUCAGCGGUGGCCGCCAGCCUCCACAUUAUGUCUAUGAUCCAGCUAUGUUUGCGUUUCGCUCCCUCAGUACCGUGAAGCCUAUCAGCCCACUAGUCCCCAUUGAAGAACCAUCAUGUGCCUACUAACAAUGAAUUAUCUUUCAAACUCAGGACCCUAACAGACUGACCUGUCCGCCUUCAGCACAAAUAGAAAAAAAAAACAACAAAAAAAAUCUGCCGCUAAGAAGCAAUAAGAACUUUUCUGCAGACUCUUUUUUUUUUCCUGUGUUUAUAUUCUAAUACCAGCAUUUGGUAUUUUGUUAAGAGAAAAAGGAAAAAAUAGUUCUUGUAUCAAGGAAGUGAAUGCUUUUUAUUGAUGCCAAGAAAGCGGAAGAAAAAGGAGCAGGGUGAUUCAGUAAGAAGAACAGAAGUCACCUUAGGUAGAGCAUGGAAAAGGUUCUCCAUUAUAUUGUAGUGGGAGGACAUAUUUUAGACCUAGUUCUACAUAGUUGGAGUAUAUAUAUUUUUGGACAACCAACCAAGAUCAAUAACAUAAAGAAAAUAUAUAUUUCAUGGCUCUCUUUGUUUUAAAGAUGAGGGUCAAUUUUGGAAGUAAGUGUUGAAAAUUAAAGAGAGACGUAUGUUUGAAAGCUUGGUUCUAGAGCAGGCCACUGUCAAUGGAGAUGAUUGAUGUGCUCCAAAUACCCGGUGGUGAUUAGGUGACAAUGUAUUCUAAGUGUUAUGAGUAGCCUAGCUAGCUGCUGUACAAAGUUACCACGUACUCCUUAAUUUGAGUAUACUCUUGGUUAAACUUGUAAUUCUAUAGAAUAACCUUGUGCUUAGUAAAAGCUUAUAUGAUGCUCAGAUACAUCAUUUGGAAGGGAUGUUGGGUUUCCUUUGUGGGGCUCCAGAUCUCCAAAUCCUCCAUGUGCCUUUUUAAAAACCUUUUCCUUUUUUACUAAGAGAAAUUUUCUAGACCAUUCUGGAACCUGAGCCCUCUUUAUAAGAGUCUGUUGAAAAGGGAGAGAUCUAUCAUAAUGUAAUGAUCCUGCCCUUCUGGUCCAAUAACUGAAAGAAAUAACCAAAUUACUGUGAUCACAGGUCCCAGAAAAAUAUAUGGUAAGACUGGAUAUGACAAUUUAGCAACUUACAGCCAUAGCUCUAUUUUAUCCAUUGUGGAUUCUUAGUGGCCUUCUUCAUAAGCAUCCUCAUGAAGUCUUGAUGGUCCCCUAACCCUGGAACCAUGGGACUUCCUUCUAACUAGAAAGCCAAGUGACAGAUGUUGCAAGUAAGGCAGAGAUACAGGCUAAGACACUUGAGGAGAUUCUAUUGCUGAGUUUGGGAGUAUGGGGUUGUCUAAACCUCAUGCCUUAACUCUCAAUAGAAGCACACCCCAUAAAGGUUAUUUCCUGUCUUACCUCCUAUUCUGCCAUGAUUUCUAAAUUCUAAAAUCCUGUGUGUUCAUCAAACAUGGCCUUAGAUACUUAUUUAAGGGAGCAGAAUAAGGUGCUGGUCACUUUAUAUUCCCAACUUGUUCAAACACCAAACGCACAUGAGAUUAGUUGGUCUCGGUGAGAAAAGAACCCCUAACUUAGGCCAGUCAGUGACAAGUAUCCAUGAUCAGGGUUGGACUGAGGGGCCCGCUGCCUCAAGGGCCCCCACCCCCUCGUGCCCCCAGCCACAGCUGCAACCCCCCACCACGUUUACCCUCAUUUGCCAUGACCUGGGCGCAAGAGGGAGGUCAUGGGCAGCAAGGGCAUGACGCUGGUCUGACCCUGUUCAUGAUACUUAGUAUCAGAGUUGAUUUUUGAACAACAGACCAAUGGACUGAUCUCCAAUCAGUUCAUGUUUAUCAAUGUAAAAGAGAAAUAAUUUUGGCUGAUGCCUUCCCUGUACUAUCGUUUUGUAAACCAAAGAGUUUAUUUAACCCAAAGUAUGACCAUGACCUUGAAAGCACAAAAAUGAAUACUACUGGGACCAUAAUGUGGCAUUUAUCAAAGAAUGUUAACUUUGAUAUAAUAAUUCAAUGGCAAAAAAUUGAGGAUUAAAAAGAUUGUUGGUUCUUUG